CCAAAUGGACACUUUUCGACGUGGGCACGGUUUGCGCCGCAUUCCGGAGGAUUUUCGCGCAGUUUCCGAGAAUAGAGCAGUUGCACAAGAACGGAGACGAGAGUGGAAAAUUCAUGCCGGCGACCUCCACACGUGGGGCGGGAAAAGAACCAGAGCCCGAUCUCUACACAGGUGAAUUGAUGUCCACAGGAAGUAGUUCAAGCGGAAAAAAUGUUCACCAAAUUGCAGCUGAAGAGGGUACUAGCAGGGCUUUUUCUUAUUCAGAGGAUGACGAUUUUGACGACGUUAGCUAUAUGGAGGACGAGCUGCAGGAAGGAUAUAAAAAUUCUGCACACGACGUCGACCACAAUCGACGCACGUCGAAGCCCGGCGAACAAAACGACCGAGCCACGGUGCUAUCUCCUGAGGAGCUGAUCUAUUACAACCUCGCCAUCGAUGGGUGGACGCGCGUGUGGGACUUAUUUCACAAGCACUCCCUGGUUUUGCACGACCCGUUAGUGUAUCAACAAGGCAGUGAUCAUCUAGAAGUUGUACUGGAGACAACUACUACGAGUGAACACGGCCGCGGCUGUGCACCUUUAGCUACAUCUAGCGGCACACAAUCAUCGAAAGAACCCAACACCCGAAGAACACAAGAACAACCGCGCUUAUUAACACAAGCCAAACUUUCGGAGCAGCUUGACAGCUUCCUGCCGUGCACAUUUCUCGCUCUGGCGCAGCUGUGCGCCGACGUGCGGGUGCCUGUUGUGACGUCGUCUUUCAGUUGUAUUGCAGGCCCGGCGACGAGCAGCUGCGUCCCUCCAACUUCAGCCUCGGCACAUUUCGAAUUGACGAAGUGGCUUUUCGAUUUGGUGGACGCAAAAGCGGACCGCGUAUCCUCGAGCGCAGCUGGUGGUGCUUCUAGUAGUUGUACUCCUUCGGGCACCAGAGCUGCAAGAACCGGAGCUAGUAGUACUUCUUCAUUUUGGAACUCUUUCGACACGCCCUUUGUCCUGUCCUCUUCCUUAUCAAAUGCAAAUAUGUCUGAGUCUGGAAACUUGUAAUGCUGGAAGUGAAUGAGGGUUCCACUGCAAUACGGAGCCAAGCAUGACAAAUUUUUCGGCGCCUAUGUGUUGCGUUUUCCGCAUGGCAAACUGCGUUUUUGCAUGACAGGUAAGAGGACCGCUUCGCGCCUAUGCAGCACAAAUUCUUGAGUCAUGUCAGACAUGCAUGACAAAUGUAGCGAUCUCGCAGACCCAGACACUUUUGCAAUCCAUAAUCCUUAACUGCGUUGGCGAAGCUUCACGGUCGAGUUGCACAUGCUGAUCUGGGUGAGGUAGAGCUGCGAGAGGAACACGAAGUAGAACUCCAAAAAUUCACACCACGGUCACCUCCUGGCGAGCAGGAACAACAAAUUGAACUGCAGAGAAGGAGCUCGAGCUGCAUGAGGAAAGAAGGCCUGCAGCUCCGCAUUCGGAAAGUGGGGAUGCUUUUGGGAAAGCGGGCAGCCACGAUGUUGACCAAGCAAAAACUCGAAAUCAGCAGUCAACAAGCAGGUGUUCCGGCUACAACUAGCGAAGACGAGCAAGAGAUGAGGAAAACUUCGACAAUCUCCACUGCAAGAACGCCCGCUUUCCAGGCUAUCGGCAGUGCGGAGGUGCUAUGCACUGCAAAAGUAUCGUAUUUGUAUAAAUGCAUUACAAAUUUUCUCUUCAUGAGAAAUAAAAUUUGUAAUGCGGAUUUGACUUAACAAAAAGAUUUGUAAUGCAUGACUGCAAUACGAGUACGAUAGUUUUGCACAGGAUAGGUGCUGGAGUUUGACACACAGAAUCCCCACAUUGGGGUUCUGAAACACGAACCGGUGCAUUAUCAUUUGUAAAAACGUCCCUACCCCAGAGUUGUGAUGCAGAUUUGCAAUGGCAGGAGCAUUUGUAUUGCGCAUCUCCAUGAGAGGCGUUUGUAGUCAUGUUUUGCGAUUUGUAAUGCUGUCACCAGGAUAAGCAGAUGGAUUUGAGAUGCGUUUGUCGUUGCUAACCUGCACUACACUACGGACUGCAACUUGUGAUGCGUGAGUCCCAAAGCUUCUAGGUUUGUGUUGCAAAAUCCCCAGGUUGACUCUGGGGAGGUGGGGACGUUUUUACUCAGGAUAUGCAGAACGAGAAAAGUUUUUCGCUACCGGAUUUGUGCAACAUCCUGCACGCGCUCGGGAAAUUGAAGAUCAAAUCCAAGAUAUCCCACGAAAAAACUGUUUCACUGUGAUGAUUUUGCAAGAUUUGCAUCACAAGUUUGUUACACAUGACAAAGAAAACUUGGCAUGCGUGCUUCCUAAGGGAAAACACAGCGAAAAAUCCAAUGUCUUGCAUGUGUAGCAAGACAAACACAUUUGCGUUUGGUUCUAUGCAUCACAAGUUUACAGUGAAACAGUUUUUUCUUGCGAUACAAGAUCUUGCUCUACCUCUGCUGCCACAAAAUGCUGUAUCCUGUGCAAAACUAUCGUACUCGUAUUGCAAUCAUGCAUUUACAAAUUUUUUUCCGAAGCUAAAUCCACAUUCCUCAUGCUGAGGAAAUUUGUAAUGCAUUUAUACGAGUGCGAUACUUUUGCAAUGCAUAUGCUGCAGCCGAAGACAAACCGACUUGUGAAGCAGCUGGACGGCAGAAGCGUAUUGAAGUUGGUGAUCGGACUGGCAAAAUUGUACCCGAAAAAUGACGCAAAGGAUUUUACAUCACCUUUGGACGCUGUAGAAGUAGUUGCGAGAAGUUGUAGACGGCACGGGACGAGGACCCCAACUACAACAACUUCGAAUUAUGACAGCAGUGGUUCAUCAUCCUCCCCUACCGCCUCCUCGGAGGAAGACGAAAUGAUCCGGCGGUUGCUACUGCUCGUCGUGAAACCGGUGUUGCAAAGCACGCCCUUGCACCUCGAGACGGAACAAGUCGCGCUGAACAAGGCUCUUUUUACGUUGGGGCACUUCGACGAAAUGUUUGGACUUUUCGAGGAGAUGAAUUCUAGCAAUUCCUAUCGCCCUCGCGACUACAAUAGGGUGGCACAGGAACACCAGAGGCCGCGAGAGGUGCAGACCGGUAGUAGCGAGCAGAAUGGUGCGCUGCGGUAUGGCCAGCACGUGGUCACGUCACAUGCGUAGGGGGACAUAAAAUUGUGCUGUUGAGCGUAGGAGGGGAAGCGCUUGCUUCGGUCCAAAUAAAAAAGCUUAUCUUUUUCACGUGCAGCUGUUUCUUCUUUCGCGAGGCAUACAGAGUAAAUAUCACGGUCCUCUUAGAUGAAAUCAAAUGUCGCCCCGUGUGAUUGACGUUGUUUCAUCCGUUGAUGGUGUGAUCCCCCG